UCGAUGCAAUCGCGCGAUUCGCAAUCAGUAAAGAAAGUGAAGUUGCGAUGUGAACACUACAUACGGUACAUGCCGCUACUACCUUCUACUGAUGUUGACAUUCAUUAAAAACUUCAUCUGGAAGCGUAAUUUCGUCCUGGACACUAACCUUACUCAAUACUACUACUACUAGUAUAAUCCAUGAUAGAAUAAGUCUGGAACAGUCGAUGAUGACGCAACUCAAAGUGGCUAUCAUUGGACAGAGUCCUUUUGCGGCAGAAGUUUAUAAACUUUUGCGUCAAAAUGGGCAUCGAGUCACAGGAGUAUUUACGAUUCCGGAUAAAGGAAGUCGCGAAGAUCCUCUAGCGAUCACUGCCAAAGCCAACAACACGCCGGUGUUCAAAAUGAAGGCUUGGAGGAGUAGGGGCGUACUCUUGCCCGAAGUCUUGGAGCUAUACAAGAGUAUCGAGGUGGAUCUCAAUGUUCUCCCUUUCUGUACUCAAUUCAUCCCUAUGGAGGUGAUCAACUAUCCUCGCUAUCGUAGCAUAUGCUAUCAUCCGUCCUUGUUACCAAGGCACAGAGGAGCGAGUGCCAUAAGCUGGACUCUGAUUCAAGGAGAUAAGACCGCUGGAUUCUCGAUUUUCUGGGCGGACGAUGGUUUGGAUACCGGGCCAGUCCUGCUGCAGAAAUCUUACAAGGUGAAACUGAACGACACUGUGGAUAGCUUGUACAACAACUUUCUCUAUCCAGAAGGUAUCGUGGCAAUGGUCGAAGCUGUGGAUCUUGUGGCGAAAGGUACCGCUCCCGCGAUACCGCAAUCCGAGGUUGGCGCAACGUAUGAUCCGAUGUUAAACAAGAAGGAGCAUCAGCGAAUCGAUUGGACCAAACCAGCAGAGGAAGUACACAACUUCAUUCGUGGUUUAGAUAGCACACCAGGCGCCUGGACAACGAUAAGCGGCGAGGAAGUUCGUCUUUUUGGAUCGUCUUUGUGGAACAGCGAUACACUGCCAAAAGUCACGAAUGAAGUCGACCUUGUCGGCGAGCGAAAAGGGAGCAUUCAUCGGGAUGGUUUAUUAAUCGAAACUGUUGAUGGACGAUUUAUUAAUGUGGAGAGAAUCAAGAUCGGUACCAAGACUAUUCACGCCAGUAAAUACGGGCAAGCUAAUAGUGAUAUUGACGUUGACUUCUCAGAAGAAGAAUUAAAAACUACUGAUGGUUUGCGCCGAAUUUGGGAGAAUAUACUUAAAAUAGAUGUCGAGAACGAUACAGAUUUCUUUGUUUCUGGUGGUGGUAGCAUGGACGUAGUGCGUUUAAUUGAAGAGGUUAAAGACAGUUUUAACGUCACCUUGCAGAAUACUGACGUGUUCAUGGCGUCAGUAUUCAUAGAUUUCGUUAAGACGGUCGUUCUCGCUUCUCGAGGAAAUGUAGCUUCAAAAGAGAUAAAGUACGACGCGGUAGAAGUGCACGCAAACAAUAUGAUCUUACGAUUCCCUAAACAACUCUUCAUUGAUGGCGAGUUUGUCAAUGGCCACGGCAAGCCUAUCGAUACCAUAAAUCCUCACGAUGAGAGCAUUAUCUGUUCGGUGGAAAGUGCGAACAUUGAAGACGUUGACCGAGCUGUUAGAGUCGCCAAGGAAGCCUUCGAAAUGGGCGAAUGGAGUAAAAUCAGUGCCAGGGAGCGUGGUGCACUGUUAUUUAAAUUAGCAGACUUAAUGGAGCAACACAAGGAAGAAUUAGCUACUUUGGAAAGCUUGGAUUCUGGAGCUGUUUACACUCUUGCCCUGAAGACUCAUGUUGGCAUGUCGAUUGAAACUUGGCGAUAUUUUGCCGGAUGGUGUGACAAGAUUCAAGGCACCACCAUACCUAUUUCACACGCGCGUCCAAAUCGUAACCUCACUUUCACAGGAAGGGAACCGAUUGGCGUUUGUGGUCUAAUUACCCCCUGGAAUUACCCAUUGAUGAUGCUCUCAUGGAAGAUGGCAGCUUGUCUAGCGGCUGGUAACACCGUGGUGAUGAAACCUGCUCAAGUUUCCCCAUUGACUGCUUUAAAAUUUGCCGAGCUGUCUGCGAUUGCCGGAAUCCCUCGCGGUGUCAUUAAUAUUGUUUGUGGAUAUGGCAAUGAAGUUGGAAAUGCUAUAGUGAAGCAUCCGCUAAUUAGGAAGUUGGGCUUUACCGGUUCUACUCCGGUCGGUCAGACUAUUAUGAAAGCUUGCGAUAGUAAUUUAAAGAGAUUGUCCUUAGAGCUCGGCGGGAAGAGCCCUUUAGUUAUUUUCGAUGAUGCCGACAUACAGCAGGCAGUUAGAGUCGGCAUGAAUAGCGUGUUUUUUAACAAAGGCGAGAAUUGUAUAGCUGCUGGACGGCUCUUUGUCGAGGAGACUAUACACGAUGAGUUUGUAAGACGAGUACUCGAUGAAGUGAAGAAAAUAUGCAUCGGCAAUCCUUUAGACAGAAGUACAGCGCAUGGACCGCAGAAUCACAAAAGUCAUUUGGAGAAACUCCUGAUGUUUGUGCGGAAAGGAGUGAGCGAAGGUGCUAAUUUGGUCUAUGGAGGCGGGAGAUUGAAUCGCCCGGGGUGGUACUUUCAGCCAACUAUCUUUACAGAUGUGAAGGAUUUUAUGUACGUCGCCAAGGAAGAAUCUUUCGGUCCGAUUAUGUUGAUCUCCAAGUUUAAUCGACAGAAUAUGGAUGAGUUGAUCGACAGGGUGAAUAAUACCGAAUAUGGUUUGGCUUCCGGUAUCCUUACCAAAAACAUUGACAAAGCUCUAAAGUUUGCGGAAAAAGUCGAAGCUGGCACUGUGUUCAUUAAUACUUACAAUAAGACAGAUGUGGCAGCUCCUUUCGGCGGCUGCAAAAUGUCGGGAUUCGGAAAAGACUUGGGACAGGAAGCUUUGAACGAGUAUUUGAAGACGAAGACGGUUAUUAUUGAAUAUUGAUAACAAUAUUAUAUAAACAUAUGUAUGUAUAUUUAUAUAUA